CCUUCGGCACCUCCUUCGGCCGGCGGCCGGCCAGCUCACCUAAUCUUCCUCGCACUUCUGACUUCCCGUUCCCUUUACCUGGGCCGGCGGCGAGGUACAAACCAACGCCGCCCUCUUCCUCCGGCGGGAUCCGGGCUCGCCGCCCUUGCUUGUCCAGCUGGGCACGUGCGCCCCUCCCCCCCCCCCCCACGGACUUCGAUUGACGCCCCCUUCCUUGAUCCGUGCGUCGAAGCCUUCUCCUGCGCUUGCGUGGGGUCGAGAUCCAACCUGGCACGGACUGAUUCCUUCCUCUGUCGGAGACAGCGAAGACUUGGAUAUUUUGCAUACACACAGAAUCUUCUAAUCCUGCAUCUGGAGGUGUCAAGGAUAUUCCAUUUCCUUCAGUUCUUGGAUAGGAAUGGACACUGAAUUUCCUGAUGAAGUUCUCAAGUCUGUUUUCCCGUUAUUGGAUGGGAAAGAUCUAGUAUUUUGCAUGCUUGUGUGCCGUCAGUGGCGCGAAAUCGCGAAGGAUGAUUACUUCUGGAAAUGCAUUUGCUCGCGGAAGUGGCCAUCCAUUUGCAAACAGCCUCCUUCUGACGCAAACUAUCAGAGGCUUUAUUUAACCUUCUCCCAGCCACAGAAGAUGCAUAACCUUCCUGUACCAAAGCUCAUAUUUGAGGAUCUUGUUUUUUAUAUUGAUAUGUGGCUUGAAGGAUCCCUCAUCUUUUCUCAAGCAAUUUCAGGUUGCACCCUUCGAGAAGGCCUACAGUGCGCACCUCGUGGCAUUCCGGAUAUACUUGCAGCACAUUUGAAGUCUGUAGAGUGCAUCCUGAUGUUGGAAGUUGAACCCAAGUUAUCAAUCCCUAUGGGGCCAGCCAUUACUGUAUCUGUUCUUGCCCACCGCAAGGAUUCCAAUAAGAUGGCCUGCAUCAUUAACAAGUCAACCUUCGAUUACAUUGACAGUAAUGCUGCUCGUGCACUGGCUUAUGAAUAUCUCAGGUUUUCACCCAGAAACCCAUUCAUAUCAGACAUUCGGGCAUGGAUGUCCUUGCUUUUCCUGUACAAAGGAGCAAACGUCAUUGAGGUAUUUGGUAUUGAACUUGAUUUCUGUGACGCGGCAAAAUCAGAAACUGAAAUCCUAUGGCUUUUGGAUAUGCUUGAUUGGAAAUAGAAGGGUUUUCCCCCCCUUGUGACUCGACGGUCGACACAUGUAAAGAAUGUUCAUGAUUAGUUGAUCUUUUCCUGUUGGGAGCAUGUAUACUACUGAACUAUAAUGUUCUGGAAAAUUGGAAUAAGUGGCAUCUGCCACUCCUUGUGCUAGCAGUGCACUGUUGUUUCUUAGCUUCUUUCCCUGAAACGAUUGCUCACCUUCACAGGGUACAACUGUUUCUUAGUUUCUCUCCCCUGAAACUGUUGCUCAUCUUCACACCUUCCUUGCAAAUGUUGGAAACAUGUCUUGUAGGGUUGGGUGACCAACUUCUUUAUCAUGUCAUCUAAUGUCCCAGAUUAUGCAGUUGGUCGUCA